UUGACAUUCCUCUGCUAUAAUAAUACGCCAAUAUACUUUGUUUUGAUUCUCUCGAUCCUAUUAGAACUUAAAAAAAAAUAAUAAUUUUUGCUACUUUCGUUUUUCAAUAAUUUGUUUGAUUAAUCUUCAUUUAUUUUAAGAUUAAUUUUGUUAAGGAAACAUGGAAACCGAAAUAGAAAGUCUUUUGGAAAACAAAGUUAAAGAUAAACCAAUUCAAAAAAUAUUUCCGAAAAUAUGGACAAAAGACAGUCAACAGUAUGGUUGUUUAAUAUCCAGCCAACCCUAUUUAUCUAUACAUCAAAAUAGUACCAUUUCAUUUCUCACAGACCAUUUGGUAUUAACUUCUGCGACAAGCAUUUGCCCUGAAGUAAUAAACAUUUUGAAAAUCACCAGUGUUAUUAGUUGUGCAGCAGAGUUGCCAGAUAUGCCUUUAAGUUCUGAGAUAGGAUAUCAUAAAGUAAAUGUUAGUGAUUCUCCUCAUAGUGACUUAUCGGUUUAUUUUGGCAGAGCAACGGAUCUAAUACAUCAAGUAGCUUCUGUAAGAGGUAGAACUCUAGUAUUCUGUGUUGCAGGAAUAAGUAGGUCAGCCACUGUUUGCAUUGCCUAUUUAAUGAGAUACUGCAAUCUAACUCUUCUUGAAGCUUAUAACUAUGUGAAACUGCGCAGACCAAAAAUAAGGCCAAACUGCGGAUUUUUUGAACAGCUAAUCGCAUAUGAAAAAAAACUAUUUUUUAAUAAUACGAUUUCAAUGGUGUUUAAUGAGUUUAUUCAAAUGAACAUUCCUGAAGUUUAUAAUCAAGAUUAUGAGAUUAUCAAAAGUUUUAGGUAUAAAAAAAUAACAGAUAAAUUUAGAUCGUAGUUACUAGUAUACUUAAGUUAAAUUACAUUACGUAGAUUUACAUAAAUAAAUCUUAAAUUUCUUGUAAAAUAUGGUAUGGGCCACAACUGCCUGUUAAGAAAAAGUAUGCGGAAAAGAAGACAAAAAUAAAAGUAUUUUUUUAAAUCAAAGUUCUCACUAUUUUAGAAAACACUUAAAAAUAGAAUAUUUAUCAAUUGUACAAUAAAACGUAUAAUAAAGCCAAUCCAAGGCACUUAACUUCCUCCAUUAAUGAAUAUAGAAGAAUAAUAUUUCUAUAUAAAAAUAUGA